UAUGGUAACAGAAGCGUAUGCUGAUGUAAUUCGAAAUAGCGAGCAUUUGGAGGAUACUCCAGAAGAUAUUCCUGAGGCAUUAUUUUUGAAGAAUCUUGCUCUGUUAUAUCUGAAACUACAGUCAAAGUUACUGCUUCCAGCUUCAGUAAUUCAAACUAUCAUUGAGGAUAUGCAGUCAGUUUAUGAUGUCAACCAGUCACAUCUACUUUUCAAAUUAAAUGAGAAAUUGGUUAAACUUGGUGUUUCAGAGGCUUCCAUUAAUGAUGUCAUUGACAGUCUAAGAGCAGAUGAUCUCUUACAAGCAUGUAAUAGCCACACACUAAAAACAGACCAGCGCAGGAAAACAGUGUUCAAGAACAGUUUUAAUUAUGUUGAACCUGUGCCGAUUUGUCUUGGACAUAAUGCAGCUGGCAAGGAGUGUUUUCUACAGUAUGUGCCUGUGAAACAGACAAUUGAGGCACUUUUUCAUUCCGAGUCUGUGUGGAAACAGUACAAGGAAAUACACAGCCGUAACCAGUUGAGUAAUAUUCUUGAAGAUGUCUGGGAUGGUGAAAACAUCACAAAAAACUUGGCCCAGACAGAGAGGUCCUCUUUAGGCUUGAUACUUUAUCAAGACUCAUUUGAAGUUGUUAAUCCUCUGGGGUCAGGAAAGAAAAAACACAAAAUACUAGCAAUGUAUCUCACACUUGCAGACCUGUUGCCACAUAACCGUUCAAGUAUUGACCAAAUGCAACUUGUGUUGUUGUGUAGAGAACAAGAUUUCAAGUAUUUUGGUCAGGAAUUGGUCCUAGGAUGCUUAAUAAAAGACCUUCAAGACCUUGAGACCAAUGGCAUAGUUCUACCUGAUGGACAGAUCCUCUGACCACAGCCAACACUCGGACCCCAGAGUCAUACAACAAGCAUAUUCAGAACAUCAAGGAACAUUCGGUUCAUAGUGGAGGUAUCAAAUUUGACUCCUUUUUCAACAGCUUGUCUUUGUUUCAUGUAUGUCAGCCUGGGUUGCCCCCUUGUCUUGGGCAUGAUUUGUUCGAAGGAGUUGUUGCCUUAGAUCUUGCAUUGUGCAUUAACCAUCUUGUCACUGUUGACAAACAGUUUACAUACACUGAAUUGAAUAGAAGGAUCGAUCAGUUCAGAUAUUUAGGCAAUGAUGCAAAUGACAAACCGUGUGAGGUGAAGCCAGGAAGUGACAGACUGA